AUGAUCGCAUACAGACAACUGUCUACUGUCUCCCGUGGACGUUUGAGCAGACUCUUCUCCUCUCCAUCAUGUUCAAAGCCAUUUGUCGUUCUUGCCCUCGAAUCGUCCGCAGACGAUACAUGCGCUGCCAUCGUAUCUUCCAACAGAACCAUCCACUCUAACAUCGUCCUCAAGCAGAACCACAUACACCAGAUAUAUGCAGGCAUCCAUCCGCAUCUCGCCAUAUUAUCCCAUACAGAACAGAUGCCGUUCACAGUACGACGCGCUCUGGACACAGCACAGAUGCAGAUGAACGACAUCGACGCAAUCGCUUUUACCCAAGGACCAGGCAUGGGUGGCUGCUUAGCUGUAGCCUGCAACGCCGCAAAGACACUUGCGAUCGCUCUGGAAAAACCUUUGGUAGGCGUGAACCACAUGCGAGCACACGCGUUGACGGUCACCUUGACAAAUCCUGAGGUGCCGCCCUUUCCGCAUCUGACGCUGCUUGUCAGUGGAGGCCAUACGAUGCUUGUGUUAGUACACAGCGAGGACAAAUUUGAACUUAUCGCCCAGACGGCGGAUGAGGCUAUUGGGUGUACCUUUGACCGCGUAGCUGCUCUUCUCGGUCUGGAAUGGGGCAAGCGGGGACUUGGUGCCGCGCUGGAACACCUCGCCAGCACCUCCGAUACUCUAGAUCCCUCAAUUACGCUACCCACGAUGAUGCCAGGGCAACUCGAAUUCUCGUUCUGCGGUCUGAGAGCAGCCACAAAGCGGAUUAUCGACCACAAACAGCGCUCAGGCGAGCUAUCGGACAGAACACGAGCAGACAUAGCGGCUAGAUUCCAGCAAGCGGCUGUAAUGCAACUCGAGGACAAGCUCGCUCGCGCUGUUAAGGAGUGUCGAGUACGAGGCGUCCAGCCGAGAGCAGUAGUCGCCUCCGGUGGGGUGGCAACUAACCUCUACCUCCGAACCCGGUACACAGCAGAAGCCGCACAUGCAGGUACAGGAGAACCUCUGCAAGUGUUCUAUCCACCCCUGGAGCUAUGCACAGAUAACGCCGUCAUGAUUGCAUGGGCGGCUAUGGGGAGGUUGUUGAAACGCGAGAGGGAUGGGUAUGGGAUCCGUCCACUUGCGGGAUGGAAGAUCGAUAUGGACCGGCCACAGACGUAG